CUUCCUCACUGCUGCCCGAUGCUCGGUCGUGUCUCCUCCUCCGUCCUGCGCCGCGUGGAGCAGCGCGACAUCUCCAGCUCCGCCCUGCGCCAGUGGGACCAGGUGCGCCCGCACAUCCACGCGGGGGAGCACCGCAACGCGCUGCUGAGCCUGCCGCACGCCGUGUCGGUUAUCGGCGCCCCCAUGACCUACGGCCAACCGCUGCUGGGCACGGACGGCGGACCGGAUCUGCUGCGCGAGGCGGGGCUGCACAAGACGCUCGUGGACUUGGGCUGGUCCGUGGAGGAGAUGGGCAACCUCAACUUCGUGGCGCCGUCCUUCAACGACCCCGCGCUGGACCCGCGCUACGGCAAAGCCAAGCAGUGUUUCCCUGUUGGGAAUGGAACGAAGCAGCUCUACGAAGUCUUCAAGCAGAAGUCUGGGGAAGGAAAGUUCUGCCUGGUGCUGGGAGGCGACCACACUAUUGGAGCUGGCUCGCUAGCGGGAUUGCUGUCCGUGCACCCGGACGCUGGAGUGAUCUGGGUGGACGCUCACGCGGACAUCAACACGCCCGCGGACUCGGACUCGGGUAACAUGCACGGCAUGCCUAUCGCGUUCCUCAUGGACGGAAUGGUGGACAGCUCCAAGGUCCCGGGCUUUGAGUGGCUCGCCAACGGUCCCAUCAUGAAGCCCGAGCAGCUCGUGUAUGUCGGUCUGCGCGACGUCGACAAGUUCGAGCGCCGGAUCAUUCACGAGAAGGGGAUCAAGGCCUUCACGAUGCAGGACGUGGACCGCUACGGCAUUGGCAAGACGAUGGAGAUGGCACUUGACCACCUCUGCGGCAAGAAGCAGCGUCCGCUGCACAUGAGUUAUGACAUUGACGCAGUGGACCCGUUGGUGGCUCCGUCCACGGGCACGCGCGUGCGUGGAGGAUUGACGUGGCGUGAGGCGCACUACGUUGCUGAAGCCGCGGCGGAAACCAACCUGCUCGUCGGUCUGGACAUGGUUGAAGUGAACCCGACGCUGGCGCCGGGCGACGGUGCCCAGAUCACUGUGGACAUGGCGCUGCUUCUCAUCUCCUCGGCGCUUGGCAACCGCAUUCUGUGAGGCGACGGCAGCUGGUGCUGUCCUUACAAUUCGCUACAAGGGUGCACGUUACCGUGUACACUUAGCGCCACUCAAGUAGACAAUGGAUAAACAUGAACAAACGCUUUCUACGGUAUGAUAGUUGAAAAGAGAGAGGAUUGAUGCCCCGUG